AUGGCUACUUGCGAUAACCUCGUUCGAAGACAUGUACUCAACACUUCUCCGGAAACGGACUGCAUCUUUUGUCAUUCUCAGAUGGAGGAUCUGGAGCAUAUUCUCUUUCUUUGUGAAAAAACAGGGGAGAUUUGGAAUGCUUUUCUUCGGUGGAUUGGUAAGAGCUCGGCUUUACAUCACAAUGCAAAAGAACACUUCCUUGCUUUCAUUGGUCUUGGGAAUAAAGCUGAAACUCGAUUCCUUACUGGUUUGUGGAUUAGCAUUGUUUGGAGCAUUUGGAAAGAGAGGAAUAACUGUAUCUUUAAACAAGGAGUGUGGAACAAAGAUAAAUUGGUUUUGGAGAUCAAGAUGAAGCUUUGGUGUUGGAAAAUGAUUUUUAAGUUGGAGGCGCCUGUUUUGGAUCUCCAAGCCUGGCUCUCGCUUGAAGGGAUCUUGAGUUGA